AAGCACGGCCAACGGAGCGAGAGCGCCGCCUGGAUCUCGGCCGGACGCGCGGCGGCGGCGGCAGCGCCUUCGCGAGGGCGCCUGAGGGCCGGGAGACGGCAAACGGCAGGGGCACGAUCCUGCGGGGGGGGGCUACUCGCGAGCAAGGCCCGUUGGCUGACCGAGGGCUCCCGCUUAGGUGAGGCUAGGCUAACCCGCCGCCGCUGCUUCUUCCUCCCAAGUUAGGUUUACGGAGCGGAAAUGAAAGCCCUAUGGAUUCAAAGCAAGGGCUCUUUUAGUCCAUGAGUAAACCCCUCAGGCCGGAUCCUGGCUCAGUCAUAUAGUUAAAUAGAAAGACCCAGAAGUCCCGUGAUGCCAGUGAGUCUGCUCGUAAGUGUUUCUUAAGACUGGAUCCCUCCCAUUCCAGAAGUUGUGGGGUUUCAGUGGGGUAAGCAAACUUAACACAGUACAAGUAAGGGGGGAAUGAAAGCCGCUUGGAUUUCAUUGGGGUUGUUUACUCGGGGAGUAAACACCCACAGCACCUCGUUUGGAUCCGACCUGUUGGAAGAUCUCAUUAGUUCUGGCGUUUUAAGGAGGUUGAAUCCCAAGACCCAGCCAUCCCCUCAGGGUGGGUCCCAGCUUCGUAAUGAUUAAGAGAGGAAGACCCGAAAGUCCCAUGAUGCUGUAAGUUUGACUUACCCAAUGGAAAAGACCCAUUUAUCAUGCGGUUUCAGCGGGACUGGUAUCCAGGAAGCCUUAAAUGAUGGGGCUGGAAGGAGGACUUUAUGGAUGUGAUGACCCUGCAUACUGGAGAGCGGUUUUAAAUGUUUACCAGGAUGUGGUCAUGGCCAAGGGGAGCAAGCAGGGAAAAACCAUUGCCUUGGAUAAAUGGUAUCAAGAGGAGCUGCCAAUUGCUGUUUCCGGCCGGAAGGACAAACACUUGGCAAAAGAAGAGCUGGUGAGGCUGAUGGAAUGGAAGCUUUCCAGAGGCAAGUUUCGCCCUCGACUCCAGCAGCUGGUGGCCACUAACUCCAGCGAGGUGGUGGAGAGCUGCACCAGAAAAGCCUUCCAGCUCCUCCCUGACGUAGCAGCUGCCAUGACUGAGCUGUGCAAACUCAAGGCUGUGGGGCCUGCCACAGCUUCAGCGAUUCUGACUUCCGGAGCCCCGGAAGCAGCUGCCUUUAUGGCCGACGAAGCAGUAGAGUCUCUGCCAGGCCUUGUCCCCGUCCAGUACACCCUCAAGCACUACCUGCUCUACCUUGACGGAAUCCAGAGCUGUGUCAAGAAGCUAAACGAAGCUGAUGCAGAACAGGCCUGGACGCCUCACCGUGUGGAGAUGUGCCUCUGGGCUUGGGCCAUCGGCAGCAAGCUGCAGCUGCCUUCGUUGCAGGCUCUAGGCGGAGAGGGAGCAAAGGCAGGGGACGGAGCAGAAGCAGGCAGGCCUAAGAAGAAAAGGAAAACAACAUGAAAAAUCCCAGGAUUCCGGGGCUGCAGCUUUAGAAUUGACCUUUGUUCCUUGGUGCAUGAAUACUGAAGCUGAACUACACAUACACACACACACACACACACGAAAAGGCCGUGCUGUUAUCCUGGAUUUCCAGGACAAAUCGUCAGGAGUGUCUGCACCAGUCAUCAUUCAAGACCUUUGAACCUCUGGAGCAAAUAGUGCAGCUCUGGAAAACUGGUCUUCCUUUCUCAGGACUCUCUUUCACCAUCUGCAAUGUGGAGCAGCACAUGGGAAAAUGUAGCUCAGCCUUCCUCCCCACCUGCCCCACUCCAAAUAAUUCGAGAAUGGAAAGUCACUCAUAAAACAGAUUGGGCAUCGUGAUGUUAAGCUUGUGGUUUAUGGCUGGAGCCUCACAGCUGCUCAGGAUCUGGGAUGAGCUUUAUAUUUGUGGGUGGGGAGGAGUUUUGCCUCCAGUUUGACGACUAUCUAGUGAUUAUCUUUCCAUGUAAUGCAAGGUUUGACUGACUUGUGUCGUCAGGAGCAAUUUGCUGCUUGGGUACCACUAGGGGGAGCACUUCCACUGGAAAUGCCCUCCCUUCUAAACUCCUCUCCUCCCCUGCAAGCAUUCUGUAAGAUUGUGGUCUACUCUAGUCUACUUUGAAUGGAUCAAUGGAUGAAAGCUGUGUUUUCCAGAUCCUCUGACAUGGAGGGAAGCGGAGGUGUUCGACUGACUAUCCUUUUUGCCUCCCCAGGUCUGUCACUGCUAGUGAAAGAAACACAACCAAAGCACAAUUUAUUUUCAGAAUCUGAUUUUGCUUUACGAAAUCAAUUUUAUAUUAGCAAAAUAGAUAUUUAAGCUAUUAACAAGAAGAAUUAAAUACAUUAUCAUCCAUAGUCUCUCCCUCACACUCUCUCACACAGUGAAUAUGAGCUAUCUGCCCAGGUGCAUUGCCGCAGAGGGAAGCUAUAUUUCUGAAUAUUAUUUUAGCAUUUCUCAUUAUAGUUCUUUUCCAAUAAAGUCCUUAUUUUCCUACAAAUUUACUUGUUGUUCCUAACAACCCAAGAAGUACCUGGCUGGUGGAUCAGGCCAGUGGCCCGUAUUCUCCCAGUCGUCAACCAGAAGCCUUCCGGAAGCCUGCCAGCCAUUCAAAAUAUGAUCUACCAAAACACGUCAAAUUGGAUAGAAUAUUGACCAUCUCCAUUUCUGUGACUUCCCUCUGACUUCUACACCCAUCUUGCUUUGCGACGCAGGGCGGUGGCAGGGCCUUCUGUAGCACCCUCUUAAUUCACUCAGGGGUAGGGUGAGGCCCAGCUGGAUUGGUGCCUUGGCCAAUCUGUGUGAGAGAGCCCCUCACAAUCUGCCCCAGAAUCCUUUGCACCACACAGUAGUUCCUCAGCAGAUGUACAAACGAUCCCUUGGUUGAAAAAAAAAGGGAAUGGCGUGAGGUGUUUUCUUUGGCUGGAAACGGACCCCUCCCACAUCAGAAAGGCAAACCAAAAAAGGGGGGGGUUUCAAGACUGUAAUCCUGAAUCCAUUUCCUUUGAGAGUUAGCCUCAUUGAACUUAAUUCUGAGUCAACGGGUUUAUAGGAUUGUGCUAAAAUAGGACAGGGGCCCUCCAGGCAGUGGUGUGCAGCCUCAUUUUGCUGGAGCACUUGGCUCUGGAGUGGAACCCCUCGGAUAUCUCUUCUGCCGUGUCGAAAUGUCUGGCUUUUCCCCCCUCCCCAUGCCAAGGGUUAGCAAAGCUUGCUUCUGCAGCCCAGGAAUUUGCCUUCUGGCUGGCUUUGUGCUGGCUUGAGUUUUUCUGCUCCAGUAAUUUUUUUUCCUUGGAUGCUUAAAAGUCCCCGUGCCUGCAAUCCCCCAUUUUCUGUCCUUCGCACAGCCUGGAGAUUUUGCUCUUAGAAUCAUAGAGUUGAAAGAGACCACAAGGGCCAUCCAGUCCAACCCCCUGCCAAGCAGGAAACACCAUCAAAGCAUUCUUGACAUAUGCCUGUCAAGCCUCUGCUUAAAGACCUCCAAAGAAGGAGACUCCACCACACUCCUUGGUAGCAAAUUCCACUGCCGAACAGCUCUUACUGUCUUGUUUUUUGAGUGUGUGCUUUUGUAUUUCUUUGGCGAGUCCUGGGUGGAGAAAGCUUCCGAGCCUGUGGAAACACACACACACACACACACACAGAGCGAGAGCAGGAAUGGAAAGUGAGAGUGAAAUGUUUUGCCAAUUCCUGCUGGGGAAUGGUCUUGAAAUCACAACCUGAGAGUGCCUCCCCCCUUCAAAUAGCCAGCCCCCAUCCGAUCCUUGUGCACUAGGGUUGGGUUGGCAUCUGUUGGUCACGGGAGACAAUGGAGGAGUAUGCCUCUGGGAGUGAAGUCAAACCAUUGGAGAGUUACAGCGCCUGCUGGGCUUCCGGGUUCAGCGCCAGCGUCGAUCGGCGGGGUUUCGUCUCGUCUCCGAGACGGCCCGUCUCUGCUAGGAGUGGGGAGGGCAGCGAGAGCAACGCUGCGCCCCUUAGAACCUCGGGAAGGGCGUCCCGAGGGCAAUUUGCUCGGCACAGACCCAAUCCGGACUCCCCAACUCUUCGGCUAGCUCUAAUAAGAGCUCCGGAGCGAGGAGGGUAGAAGUCGCGGGGGCCAUUUUGAGCGGCAACGUUAUUCUAGCAGGGAGAAGCUUCAAGCCGAAGGCGGAGAGCGCUGGAUUCUUCCGAAAAUAAAACGAUUGGAAAAGACUGUAAGUAACCUCACGAUUUGGAUUAUAAAACAAUUUGGUCUGGGAGAGAGGGGAGAAAAGAGGAAGCCACCCCCCCCCCCACGGCAACAA